AUGAUUAUAUUUACCUGGCUCACCCUGCUGUUCCUGGCUUCAUCGGCUCAGUCUCAGUCUCAGGCUCAGACAGGAAUAGGCCAAGCAUGCAACUUCAACGUAAGCAAAUCGGUGGCUUCGUCCUAUGGGUGUAACGCUACGUGCCAACAAGUCCUGGCCUACACCAACGCAGCCGAUCUCCAGACUACGGGAACAGCCUUCGACUUCGACUUCUACGCGACGGCACAUAACUUCUCCAAGUCGGCUCCAGGCGACUUGCUGAAGCUCGCUGCAGUCAACAGCUCUCAUCUCGACGUUCCUUCUGGGAUGUCUACUUUUCGAUUCCAGUAUACUUCCAAGGGAAUUGAUGGAAAGCCUGUACCAUCAACUGGAUACAUCGCAUUCCCAUUUGCAAACCCUGCUCACGGUGGAAAGUUCCCUCUUAUUGCGUAUGCUCACGGUACUCUUGGUGUGCAUCACGGCUGUGCGCCAUCGUCCUCCCCCAGCCUGUUUAACUAUGACAGUUGGAGCCCGCUCAUGCUGUAUGGGUACGCUAUUGUAGGAACAGACUAUGCUGGACUUGGCAACAACUUCACUUCGCACAAGUAUUGCAGUUAUGCUGCCCAUGCAGAGGACGUAUACUAUUCGGUACAGGCUGCUCGCAAAGCUUUCCCUGGCGUUUUCACCAAACAGUGGAUGAGCAUGGGUCACUCCCAAGGAGCUGGAACGGUGUGGAAACUAUCUGAGCAUCCUAUUGUGCAAGAUGCCAGUUCAGGAUACCUUGGAACUGUAGCGGUAGCCCCAGGACCCAAGCUUUACGACACCGCAACAUUUGCCGUCAAGUCGAUCUUUCCUCGGCCCGACUAUCAUCAAUUCGUCGUCUCCGCUGAGUUGGGCAUGAUGUCAUACGGAGUGAUGCAAGCAUUCCCCGGUUAUUCGCCUCCAUGGGUCGGCAAAGCUAUGAAAUUGAGGAUGAAACUUGCAACGCUCACACAGUCCUGCACCACGGCAUUCAUGGGCAUGUCAUUUGACUUGUCACGGGAUGAGCUCAUUACACCAGGCGGAAACCCUGCAACAGAUAAGACACUGAAGAAAUGGCAAGAGAUCAAUGCGCCAGCACAGGGUGACAAGGCUUCCCGGCCACUUCUGAUUAUCCAUGGCUCGAAUGAUACUUCGCUGCUGCCUGACAUGACCGUCAAGGCAUAUCACCACGCUCUCAAGGCUGGCAAUGAAGUACACCUUCUCCGCUAUCCCGGACUCGAUCAUUCGGCGGCUCUAACUGCUUCAGCACCAACGUGGCUAAGAUUUUUGGAGGAUCAAUUUGCUGGCAAGGGUGGACGUGGUAAACCGACGGAUGAGACUAUUCGGCCCUUUGAUUUGGCUAAGGCGAAGGCACCGCUUGAGCUAGCUUUUAACGAAGAGCCCCUAGCUAGCCUUUUGGGUUAA